AUGGAGAUUCAGGAAAUCAAAAAUCGGAUGAAAGCCUAUCGAUUCGUGGCCUACUCGGCUGUCGCGUUCUCAGUGGUGGCAGUGAUCUCGGUCUGUGUCACCCUGCCAAUGGUCCAUAACUACGUGCAUCAUGUCAAGAGAACUAUGCAGAAUGAGAUUGUCUAUUGCAGAACUCCAACCAUCGGUGGACCAUCGUCAUCAAAAUCCCGAGGUUUGGAUCACGUUCUCCAGAUCGUAUUCUUCGUCAUCCAACUCGUCAUCAGUAUCCUCCUCGGCUGCAGUGGUGGUCUCUGCGCUUGA